UCCCCACAGCGACCACCUCCGCCGAUACUAAACGACGGCGUUUCCGCGAGCAGCGCACCGGAACAGAAGAAACUCCGCAACCUCGGACUCCUCCGCCAUCCUUCGUGCAACCCUCGUCGACACCACCUCAUGUUGCGAACCUGCCGAUCCCCGACUCCAUAAAUUGUUAGGUAACUACCAAACUCAACCCACGCUGCAGUCAUCAAGCAGAACAAACAUCUACAAGAAAAUUUAAUCAGAUAGUGACAUCAAUGACGGAAAUUCCAACACAUCAUCAAGAAACAUAUUGGCAGCAUGCUGUUAUUGCAAGACCAGCAAACAGACGCACACCACACAGCAAAAUACUCUCCAAGCAGAUUGCAGAUGCAAUAGCAGAUCGCCUGGGAGCAUAUAUCACUGUCUCUGAUAUAACAUAUAAACCACCAAACUUUCUUAUCCACUUUACAGAACCCCAUUUACAGAGGCACGCUUUAGUUACAACAAAGUUACAGACAAGAAGUUGCAACCUGGAGAUGGCACCAUGGUCAAAACAGCAUGAAUUGGGACAGCUACCUUGGAUUAUAGCUACUCCACCAGAGGCUCUACAAAUCAAUAUUGACCCACUCAAAAUUUUACCUAUACCAAGAAAGGCUCAAACACAUGCAGGCAACCCAAUUCUAAAGGAUGAUUAUGCUGAAACAAUUGGCACCAACUAUGAACUUAGAGCACCUGACUACAGCUAUUUGGUAAUAGCAGAAUUGAAGGACUUCUACUACAAAAAAUUUGACAUAUUCAGAUUAUCGAAGAAUAAGACAAUCCAACUACUCCACUUGCUGCAACAAUGUCUGCAACAAUUCCAGGACAAAGCUACCGCCAUAUCCAGCACGGUUGAAUCUCUCGCACACAAUGCUACAGAUGACAACUAUAAAUAUCUCUCUGACUUCGCUCAACGUCUACACCGUAGUGCCAACCAUGCCUAUAAAAACUACACCUUUAUACAUGAUCACAUAGAUUUGAUUCUACAACAGCCUGAAGAACCUAUCAAUCUUCAUGGAUUCAAAAAAAUUCCGCCACUAAAUCAGGUACCAGUCCCGUCAUCAUACACUACCCGACUGAAAGUUAUCUAUACCGUAGCGACUCAAGCAGUAUAUAAAGCCGAAGCCACCAUUACAGCCAUAGAGACAUCUACCGAUCAGUUUGAAGCUUCUGUCAACAUACAAGGAUCAACACAUAAAUAUAGUGAUGUUACCUAUACAAAUGCAGCCUCGGUUGAAGCAGCAGCCAUAUAUUACUCCCUCAAACACAUCACCAAUAUUCUUGGAUACCAAAUAGUUGAUCUUAACUAUCCAACCCUAGCACAGUUAAUCGUCUCAAUAAACAGUCUCAGCUUACACAUUGGUCUACUGCAGUGUUGUGUAUCCUACGCUACAGCAGACAUGAGCCAGAUAUAUGAAAGUGUGGGUCAUCUCCUCAACGAAUACAGCAUGACAGCCGAUGACAUUCCAAACACCAAAUAUCUAGAUGAUGCUAUGAAAGAACUUGAUGAUACCAUAACCAAUUUCCACAAAAGCAUCAACAGCUCAGCCGAUCAUUUCAUAGACUCAAAGAUCCAGUUUAUUUCCACGACUUUAGACACCGAACCCCUCGCCGUCACACCAAGUCGCUGGAUUAACAUCGACAAACCAGGAAACCAUCAGGUCUGAAACCCAGACACAGCGCCUUCAACCAUGAAGACAAAAUACAGACCCAAACAGAUCAACAGAAACAAGGCAAAUUCAGCUUCUGUGAAACUCUCAUCCUGGACUAGGAACUACUUUCCGCAAAGUUUGUAAUAUGCACGCACAAAACUCUGUUCCAACGUUAAUAUUCACGCGGCUACUAUCAGCCUUACUCAAA